AUGGAUUUAGUAAAAAAUUUGACAUAUGGCUUAAAUUUAAAAAGUUUUUUAAAAAAUGAUGAUCUUAUGAGUUUGAAAGAAGAAAAUUUAAAACCGUUAAGAAAUAUAUUAAGUUUAAAUAAAAACAACAAACCAACUGAAAAUGAAAAGAAAAAAAAAAUUUCUCAAAGUUGUGAAUCUAUAAGUUUUACUAAAUUUUAUAAUAAUGAAAAUUUAGUUAGCAAUUAUAUGAAAGGAAAUGAAAUAAAUAUAGAAUAUUUCCAUUUGAAUAGAAAUGUUGUUCCUAUACGAUUUUUUAGCGAUAUUAUUGAAUAUUUAAAAGUAUUAAAUAAAGAUGGAAACACAAUUGUUGAAAAAGUGGAUGGUAUUAUUGAAAAAGAAAAUGAUGUUAACAAAGAAGCAUCUUUUAUGAAAAAUGAAAAUAAAGGGAAAAAAUUAAUUAAAAAAACGAGAAUCUUAUUAAAUUCUAAAGAAGAAAAUUUUAAAAAAGAAAACAAUUCCACCACAAGUAAAGAAGAGAAGGAAAAAAAAGAAAAAGAAUUAUUUAAUGAAAAUAUUAUAAACAAAGUAUAUGAAAAAUUAAUGAUUACAAUAAAAAAUACAUUAUGUUUUAAAAAUCCAACUUCAAUUCAAAAAAUUUGUAUUCCAGCUAUUUUAAGUGGAUUCAAUACAAUAUGUAUAUCUCAAACAGGUAGUGGAAAAACAUGUGCUUUUCUCAUUCCUCUUUUGAUAAAAAUAAAUACUUCAAGGGUUGAAAAAAGUAAUAUAUUAAAGAAUAAGCAACUAAAUGAUAUUACUUUUUAUAUAAAAAGUUUAAUUGUAGUGCCUACUAAUGAAUUAGCUACCCAAAUUUAUGAACAAACCCUAAUUGUAUUUGAAUCUUAUAAAGAAUAUUCCAUUGUUCAACUUAGUAAAGAGACAGAAAUUAAUGAAGAUAUAGAUGUAUGCAUAUGCACACCUCUUAUGUUGUUAAAUUUAAUUGAGAAAAAGAAGGUUAGUUUAAAAAGAUGUUUUUUUAUAGUAUUUGACGAAGUAGAUAAAUUAUUUGAAGUAAAAUUUUUAGAUCAUGUAAAUUCUCUUUUAAAAGAAAUUCAAAAUAAAAAAAUUCAAAAAAUAUUUACUACAGCAACACUACCAGGGAAGACUAAAAGUUUUAUAAGUACAUUAUGUACAAAUUAUGCUGUUGUUUAUUUUGGUAAAAGUAUAAAUACAAUAAAUAAUAAUGUGAAGCAAGAAUUGCUAUAUGUAAAUAAUGAAGAUGAAAAGUUUUUAGUAUUAAACAAUUUGAUUAAAAAUAAAGAAAUACAUAUACCUGUUUUGAUAUUUGUCGAAAGUAUAACAAAGGCAAAAAUGAUUUACACAAAUUUAAGUAAAAGUGUAUCUUACAUUGAUAUGCUAACUUCUGAAAAAACAAAAGAAGAAAGAAAAAAAAUAUUUCAAAGAUUUCAAUCAGGUUAUAUAUGGUACCUUAUAUGCACAGAUAUUAUGAGUAGAGGUAUAGACAUAAAAGGAAUAGAAACAAUAAUAAAUUAUGAUGUUUGUUAUGAUAAAUAUAAUUAUAUGCAUAGAAUAGGAAGGGCUUGUAGAUCUGAUAGAAAAGAAGGAAAAGCAAUAACAUUUUUUACAAAAGAAAAUAUAAAAUAUAUGAAGGAUAUUAUUAAAUUUGUUAAAAAUAGUGGUACCGAAAUACCUGCAUACUUAGAAAAUUUUAAUUUUAAAAAAAUACCUAAAUUUAAAUUUUCUGUUAAAAAAAAUUCCUCAAAGAAAAAAAAAGUUAAAGAUAAAAAGAACUUUAAGGUUUUAAAUAAAAACAAGUGGAAAAAAAAGGAAAGACUUAAAACAGAAAAACAAGAAGAUGAAUCAACAAGUGUAAAGGAAAAGGUUAAAAUAAAGAAAAAUUUAGAAAAGAAAAUAAAGUCGAAGAAAAAUUUAAAAAAGAAAAUAAAUUCGAAGAAAAAUUAA